AUGGAUCCCAUAAACUCAACUGAACAAAAUUACACAUCAGAAGAACUAUUUAAAACAGUGACAUCAAAGAUUCUUGUUUCAUUUACUCUUUCUGUGCUGGCAUUAAUGACAACGGCCAUCAAUUCUCUAGUGAUGACUGCAAUAAUUGUGACAAAGAAGCUCCAUCACCCUGCCAACUAUUUAAUCUGCUCCCUUGCAGUGACUGAUUUUCUAGUUGCAGUCCUAGUGAUGCCCUUCAGCAUUAUGUAUAUUAUGAAGGAGACUUGGAUCAUGGGACAAAUAAUGUGUGACGUUUGGCUGAGCGUUGACAUUAUGUGCUGUACCUGUUCUAUCUUGCAUCUCUCUGCUAUUGCUUUGGAUCGGUACCGAGCAAUCACAGAUGCUGUGGAGUAUGCUAGGAAACGAACACCAAAACACGCAGGCAUCAUGAUUGCAGUGGUGUGGAUCAUAUCCAUUUUUAUCUCCAUGCCUCCUUUGUUCUGGCGACACCAGACAACCAGCAAGGAUGAUGAAUGCAUCAUCAAACACGACCACAUAGCUUUCACUAUUUACUGCACAUUUGGAGCCUUUUACAUCCCACUGGCAUUGAUUCUGAUCCUUUAUUAUAAAAUCUACAAAGCAGCAAAGACAUUUCACAGAAGGAGCGUAAGCCGCAUUGUAAGAGAGGAAGUAAAUGGACAAGUCCUCUUGGAACCGGGUGAGAGAAGCACCAAAUUGGCUUUGACGCACUACACAACAGAUAAAACAUCUGAUCCCUCAGCAGACUUGGAUAAAAUCCAUAUCACAUUGCGAAGCCCUAAGUCAGAGUCCAAGCAAGAGAAAACCUGGAAAAAACAAAGAAUCUCUAGCACGAGAGAACGAAAGGCAGCAACUACCCUGGGCUUGAUUUUGGGCGCAUUUGUGAUCUGCUGGCUCCCAUUUUUUGUAAAGGAAGUUGUUGUUAACACCUGUGAAAGAUGUCACAUUUCAGAAGAAAUGUCCAAUUUCCUCACAUGGCUGGGAUACAUCAAUUCUCUUAUUAACCCACUAAUCUAUACAAUCUUUAAUGAAGACUUCAAGAAAGCAUUUCAGAAGCUUGUGCAAUGCAAGCAAUGA